GCGGCGGGUUCAUUACGCCUGCGCGUAGAGCGGCAAGAUGGCGGAUAGUGCGGAACUGAAGCAAAUGGUUAUGAGCCUUAGAGUUUCUGAACUGCAAGUUCUUUUGGGAUACGCCGGACGCAAUAAACACGGACGCAAACACGAACUCCUGACUAAGGCUCUUCAUUUGUUAAAGGCUGGUUGUAGCCCUGCUGUUCAAAUGAAAAUAAAGGAAUUGUACCGACGGCGGUUUCCACUAAAAAUCCUUACACCCGCUGACUUCUCACUGCCCACUGUACACUCCAGUACCAUGCCUGCCAACCUGUCACCAUCCUCCAUUCCUCUUUCUUAUGACAGUCAUCCUGCCUCCUCCCCACUUCUCCCUGUCUCCCUCUUGGGACCUAAACAUGAACUGGAACUCCCUCACCUUACAGCUAAUCUUCACCCUGUCCAUCCGGAUAUCAAACUGCAGAAACUGCCGUUCUAUGAUCUGUUGGAUGAGCUCAUCAAACCCACAAGUUUAGCCUCUGACAACACUCAACGCUUUCAAGAAACAUGCUUUGCAUUUGCAUUGACACCACAGCAAGUUCAGCAAAUCAGCAGCUCAAUGGACAUCUCUGGGACAAAAUGUGAUUUCACAGUACAGGUGCAGCUGCGGUUCUGUCUCUCUGAGACCAGCUGCCCACAAGAAGACCAUUUUCCUCCUAAUCUGUGCGUAAAGGUGAAUGGGAAACCAUGCAACCUGCCGGGUUAUCUUCCGCCAACCAAAAAUGGGGUUGAACCAAAACGACCAAGCAGACCAAUCAAUAUUACCUCACUUGUGCGACUGUCCACCACCGUUCCCAACACAAUCGUGGUGUCUUGGACAGCAGAAAUUGGAAGGCUUGGUAAAAUGCGACUAACAAUACCCUGUCGGGCAAUGACGUGUUCUCACCUGCAAUGCUUUGAUGCUACGCUUUACAUCCAAAUGAACGAGAAGAAGCCCACGUGGGUGUGUCCUGUUUGUGACAAGAAGGCUCCAUAUGAUCACUUAAUAAUAGAUGGACUCUUCAUGGAAAUUCUGAAGUGUUGCACAGAUUGUGACGAGAUUCAGUUUAAAGAAGAUGGGUCUUGGUCACCCAUGCGGUCAAAGAAAGAUAUUCAGGAGGUCUCUACAUCUUAUAAUGGAGUGGACGACAAGACUGCUUUAGUCAGUUUAUCUCAAAUUUCUGAAGAUAAUCAUUCCUCAGCAGCUUCUGAGGGUGAGAUCUCGUAUUCUGACUCAACUUCAGACAAUCUAAUAGUCUGA